CGUUGGCACGUCCAAUGGACUGAGCGAUUAAGGAGAGCAUUUGUGAGGGAAGAGGGCAUAUUCAGUGGGGAGCCCUACAUAUUUGUCAGAAAAUGUCGGGCCGAUUAUGCUGGAGGAGUCGAAAACGGUAAAUAACGCCCGUCACGCUAAGACGUGACGUGUCUACUUCUUCCUCGUCUCCUUCUGUACCACGACAUUUAUUCCACUCGUUCACUAAGUGUACCGUGUUUUCGGAUCCAAGGUCUCAUAGGCCCUUAGAGGGCACUAGAAUGGCGACUAAAGAGGAUCAAGAAACCUUGCGGCUCCUCGUACUACAUGUCUCCCGAGCUUUCUACGAGCCUCGGUACAUCAUCAUCAUGGAUCAACUUUCCCGACAUCCAGUUCUCAAGGAUGAUGAUUUGGCAAGUCGGCUGGGGCUACAAUCCAAGGAGCUGAACAAGAUUGUCGCUGUCUUGUCGAAUGACAAACUUGUCAAAGUAUACAGGCAGAACGAGCUGAGGGAAGGUGCUCAACGAGCAGUCGGCAAGCAGUACUACUACAUUGACUAUGAGCAUUUCUGCAACGUAGUAAAAUGGAGGAUUGCCAAGAUGCACCACAAAAUUGAUUCCAAGCUCCGUAACCAACUCGGCAACAAGGGGUAUAUUUGUCCUCAAUGUAAAGAAUCAUACAGCGCAUUGGAUGCCGAUCAGCUCAUGGACUUUACUCGUGGCAUAAUGGUCUGCAAAAUCUGCCAAGCAGAGGUCAUUGACAACGAGGACGCCGACCAUGAGCAGGGUAGCAAGGACCGAAUGCUGAGGUUUCAUCAUCAAAUGCGCUUCAUCCGUGCUGGGCUCCAGAAGAGCGAGGCGAUGACGUUGCCAGCGUUUGAUGUCGCGGCAUGGGUUCAGAGCAAUGCUGUUGACCCAGAAAAGCAGAAGGCCACUCAGGCAGGUGGAGGUCUCAAGAUUGCCGGCUCAGAUCCCAACAAGAAGGAGGAGGAUGGUAUUGGUGUCGUCAUAUCUACAGAUAAGGAUGAGGCUACACGAAAGCAGGAACGGGACGCCGAAGCCGAAGCAAAGAGGCAACAGAAUGCACUACCGGCGUGGCAUUUGAAGAGUACUAUUACCGGUGAUCUCACCGCACUAGGCGUAAAAGAGAAUGCGAGGGCAGAGGCUGCUAGUGGGAACGUGGCGCCUAGUUCAAACGAUGAUAUCUUGCGAGGACUUGGAGUGGUGGGGAUGCGCCCAGAUCGUGUACAGGAGACCAUCAGUGUUGAGCAGGACGUCAAGCCGACCAUCAACCGCGAAGCAGAUUAUUAUGAGCAGUACUACGCGUCUCUGGCGGCCUCCGCUGCCGCAUCUGCGCAAGCUACACCAUCGGGUCUUAGUGCACCUGGCAGCUCGGACUUUGACGACUUUGGGGGCGACGAGGAGGAAGAUCGAAAGCCGAAUAUCGAAUACCUCGAUUCAUUGAAUGAUUAUCGGAAACGGUCUCGCUCCCGAGAGGAUGAGGGUGCGGCAGGGAAGAUGAAGGUUCCCAAAGUAGAAGAGCCAACAACACCGUUUGUCAUGAAUGGUGACGUUUCAGACAAUGGGACUGGGCUCGAUCUCGCACCAAUGGAUGCAGACAAUGAUCCCAUCGUUUAUGUCAAUGGUAAACCAGUUGCGCUCUCGAAAGUGACUGAAGAGGACCACGAUUUAAUGACACCAGAGGAGUACACUGCGUAUUUCGAAGUGAUGCAGACACAAGAAAUGUAGGGGUGUUGUGACUAAUAUCAAUAGAUGUAUCAUAUACUAUGUAUAAUACAGGCAACAUAUAUCUUACUGUUUCGUUGGUGGAAUACGGACAAUUAUUAAUGGUCAGCC